UCACGAGUGAGGAGCUAUUGAAACUUAACACCAGCAAGUUGUAAAUGCAAAGCGAACAUUUCCCUUUUCCCUUCUGCAGAAGGCAGGUUUUGCAGAAGCAGCAGCAGCAGCGGGAGAUCCUGGAGGUUGAGGGGGAAGGUAAACGGAGGACGGAAGCUGACUCCAGGCUCCGUGUUUGAGCCAAAAAUGAUUAGUAAAUCUUAGUGCAUGACCGCGCAAUGGGCACCAAUCUGUUAUCCAUCUAAGGUCUCUGUACUGAAGGCAAGUGUUGUGCUGCAGACUUACAAUUACAGGAAACACAUUACACACAACUGCCAGUGAUUAUGAAGAAGGCACUGAUUUGCAGAGCAGCCACAAGCUGAGCGGGUUCUGGGUUACCGGACUGAAGCAUGAUAGAACUCUCUCCCAGCAUGGACCGAAGUUGUUAAAGCUGGCUAGAUCUGCUUGUAUCAUUUCCGACAUUUAUAUAUUUAUUUGAGUGCAUGUGAAAUAUCUAACUUACCAGCAUCUGGCACUGGCUUCUGUUUACGGUUAUCUAUUCGCUGCCCGGACAAAUGCAUACAGAUGUAUUUAGGAGCCCCAAGGACAAGGAGUGGACGCAUUUCCCCCACAGCAUACAAGGGGUUGCUGCGCCUCUUCUGUCUAACAGUAUGGAUAGCUGCUGGAAUAUCACAAAAUCAAGCACAUCUACAAGGUAUAGAUGUUCUUCAGCAGUUUGGCCUUGCAGACAACAAAGGAAGACAUACAUCAACAGUGACUGCUCUGCCUAUCUCAUCUGCUUCUUUUCCUCAGGGAACUUCACUGACAGCAGCAGGAGUUAUUUUCACAAGAGACACACACAUUGAAUCUCCAGCAGCAAGCAUUUUCCAUACAGGUCUCGGAAAAGAAUUCACCAUAAUAAUUGGCUUGCAAUCUCACAAAGUUAACAAUGCAUUUCUUUUUAGUAUUAGAAGUAGCAAAAAUAGACUACAGUUUGGUGUACAGUUAUUACCUAGGAAGAUAGUCGUGUAUGUUGCAGAAAAGCACUCUGUAUAUUUUGAUUAUAAUAUUCAUGAUGGACAGUGGCAUUCAUUUGCUAUAGAUGUUCGAGAGAAAGCAAUAUCUCUAAUUACUGAAUGUGGGAAGAAACACUUCAGCAAAGACAUUAUUUUAAAGUCCCAGAAAAUUGAUCCUGAUACAUUAUUUACUCUUGGAAGGAUAAAUCUUAAAUCAGCGCAGUUUGAAGGUAUAAUAUGCCAGUUAGACAUUUAUCCAUCUGCACAAGCUUCUUCCAACUAUUGUAAAUAUGUGAAAAAGCAGUGUCGCCAUGCAGACACCUACCGAUCAUAUUUGUCAGUGUCUCAUACAACAUCAAAUCCUGCCUUUCAACUUAUGCACCCACUGUCCAAUAGAAGUCUCCAAGCAAAGAACUCAAAAUUCCCCCAGAUAUAUGAAAAUACCACCAGAGAAGAAAGCACAGUGAAUUCAAGUAAGCAGUUAUAUCAUUUAGCAAAUAGAACAAUUUCUGUUUUAGCUGCUCAAGACUCAAAUAAAGUAAAACAGCAGCAGCCCACAUUUAAAUCUGUAGAAAUUUCCAGAACCAAACUCCCACAAUCUAGGCAGCUACCCCAGAAACAUGUGAACAAAAGUCAUGCAGGUCAGCAUCAGAGCAGUUCAGUCCCUGACAUCACCCCUAAAAAGGGGAACAAUUCCAUAGCAAAAAAUAAAAAUGAAUCACAAGCCUCGCUAUCUGAUAAUGCAACUGAAGAUGAAAACAGGAACAGUCAGUCAUCCAGACCAAAUGAGACACCUCGACUUAUUUCUCCUGUUAAGCAAAGUAAAAUCAAAGAUGGUUUGAAAAAUGACAGUAGUGUAAAACAGAGUUCUGAUGAGCUGAUGGAGGUGCAGCUUGCCAUAAACACAACAUUGUACAGAUCUCCUGUACAAGAGACAUUGCACAAUCAGGUCGAUCCCUGGGAAGAUGGAGUGUUAGAUUCGGAUACAAUGUAUGACACAGUUGGUCAUGACAGUUUCACUGAAGGUUAUGAUUAUAAUUAUGAGGACCUGAAUAGCUUGUAUGACAGUGGAUUUUUAAAAGGCUCAAAAGGAGAUUCAGGACCACCAGGUCCUCCAGGUCCCCCAGGUUUACCUGGUCCCACAGGAAAACGAGGACCAAGGGGUAUGCCAGGGCCUCAUGGGAAUCCAGGAUUACCAGGACCUCCAGGACCCAAGGGUCCCAAAGGAGAUCCAGGAUUAUCACCAGGUCAAGCACCACCAGGAGAAAAGGGCGAUCCUGGUCUGAUGGGGUUAACUGGUCCACCAGGUCCAGUGGGUAGACAGGGUCCAAAAGGAUAUCUGGGACCCGCAGGCCCUCCAGGUGAACCAGGAAUUCCUGGACCUCCUGGUAACAGAGGAGUUGGUGGUUACCCUGGCAGGCAGGGUUUAGCUGGUCCAGAGGGUAAACCAGGUCCAAAAGGUGUAAGGGGUUUUAUUGGACCUCCUGGUGUAGCAGGACCACCUGGACCCGAAGGAGAAAGAGGUGCAGUUGGACCUCGAGGGAUGAAAGGUCUCCCAGGAAGACAGGGCUUUCCUGGGGAUUUUGGAGAAAGAGGACCGCCUGGUGCAGAUGGCAAUCCUGGUCCUGUAGGUGGGCCUGGUCCUGCCGGAUUUCCUGGUCAUAGGGGAGAUGUUGGACCUGCAGGACCACAAGGAUUGUCUGGCAUUCCUGGACCUCCGGGCCUGCAAGGAACAAGAGGGCUCCCUGGAUUGAAAGGUGAUAAGGGUGAACGAGGCUUGCCAGGAGAGCCGGGAGAAAUGGGAUAUAUAGGAGACAAGGGGUCAAGUGGAUUGCCAGGACCACCCGGCAUCAAAGGGAAACCCGGCCCUCCUGGCAAGAUUGGAGAUCCAGGCCCCCCAGGACCACCAGGCCCUCCUGGUCCAGAGGGAUUUCCAGGAGAUAUUGGCUUACCAGGGCACAAUGGUCCAGAAGGUCCAAAGGGUGCUCAAGGUGAACGAGGACCCCCUGGACCGCCGGGUCCUAAAGGAGUAGAGGGAGAUGAAGGACCUUUAGGACCUCCUGGACGUAUUGGAUCAGCAGGAAGACCUGGUCGGAAAGGAUAUGCAGGAGAGCAAGGACCUGAAGGUCUAAAGGGAGAGCCUGGUGACUCUGGAGGCAUUGGUAAAGUUGGCGAAAUUGGGCCUAUAGGAUUACCUGGAAUGGUUGGUCCUCCUGGAAUUACUGGAGAAAAGGGAGAACGUGGAAUCACAGGCCCAGAAGGUCCUCCUGGCGAAAAAGGCACAAUGGGCUAUCCAGGACCUCCGGGAUUAUCUGGUCCACCAGGAGGACAAGGGUUACCUGGUCCUGCAGGACCAAGAGGACCUCCUGGGCCACAGGGCCCUAAAGGACGCAGAGGACCAACUGGAUCAGAAGGACCCACAGGAGAACAGGGGCCGCAGGGAAUUAAGGGAGAAGUUGGCAUCCCGGGAAAACAAGGCCCUGUGGGACUAAUUGGUAAAAUUGGAGCUCCAGGUGAACGAGGUCCCGAUGGCCCUCCUGGAUUACCAGGCCUUUCUGGAAACAAUGGAGACCAAGGACCUCCAGGAAUGCCAGGCGCAAGAGGGCAACAAGGUGAUGCUGGCCCCAUUGGAGAAGUUGGUCAUGAGGGUCCUCCAGGUCCUGAAGGUGACCAUGGUCCACAGGGAGAACCAGGCUUUAAGGGAGACAUUGGACCAACUGGAGCUGUUGGAGAACCUGGACCACAAGGCCCAAGGGGAGAGCCAGGACCAGUAGGUGAAGAAGGCCCUCAAGGAAAAGAUGGACCAAAGGGAGAAGCAGGAGAUGUAGGUCCUCCAGGAGAACGUGGAGAAAGAGGUGACACUGGAAUACCUGGGCCUGUAGGUCCUAUUGGCACACCUGGACUCCGUGGUAUACCAGGCCCAGAAGGAAAAAUGGGAAUGCCAGGUCCUGCUGGUAAACCAGGGAAAAAGGGUGAACAAGGACAAUAUGGGCUCAUAGGAGAGCCUGGGCCUCCAGGAGAAAUUGGCAUGCCAGGGGAACCAGGACCCAAAGGAGCACGAGGCACUCGAGGUCCAAUGGGUACAUUUGGUGCAAUGGGUCCACAAGGAGAGACAGGAAUUCCAGGAUAUGAGGGUCACGCUGGUAAACCUGGACACUCUGGCCCACUAGGUCCCAAAGGUGAAAAGGGUUCUCUUGGAGAGAGAAGCACUGUUGUUGGACCACCUGGGCCUCCAGGUGAACUAGGUCCUAUUGGUAAGCGUGGAGACAGGGGAGAGCCUGGAGACGAUGGUUAUAUGGGCCACGUUGGCAUUCCAGGACCUAGGGGAAACAGUGGGCAUCCAGGGCCUCCAGGAGAACCAGGAAUUCUAGGAGAAACGGGACCAAAGGGAGAACGAGGUCCUAUGGGCCCAACAGGAAAGAAGGGAGCUCGUGGACUUCGUGGAAAACCUGGAAUUCCUGGGCUGCCUGGCCUUCCUGGCCAGAAAGGGAAUGCUGAGUCUGUUGGACUGGAUGGUCCCCCUGGUCACACUGGAAAACCUGGACACCAAGGGAGUAAAGGGCCUGCUGGUGAGCAGGGAGAUCCUGGCCUUCCAGGGCUAGCAGGUCGGCCAGGUCCUCAGGGAAAAGUUGGAGAACCAGGCAUCACAGGCAACAGAGGUCCACCAGGAAAAAAGGGAGAACGUGGAUUGGCAGGUGAAACAGGGCGUUCAGGUCCAAAGGGAAUGUUUGGCUCACAAGGAGAUCAAGGGCGAAAAGGUGAUCCUGGUGAAAAGGGGCAGCCAGGAGAAUCUGGUGAGCAAGGUAUUCCAGGUUUUUCUGGCUUUCCAGGCCCAAUGGGUCCUAAUGGUGAUCUUGGCCUGGCAGGUAUUCCAGGGCCAAAGGGCCCCAGUGGACAGUUGGGUUCUACUGGACCAUAUGGUCCUGAAGGAAUAACAGGACCUUCUGGAAAGCAUGGGCCCAGAGGAGAAAAAGGCAACAGAGGAGAAAUGGGUCCUCAGGGACCAAGAGGAAGACCUGGUCCUCCUGGUCCACCUGGGCCUCCAGGUCCAACAAGAAGCAUGGAUCUGAAUGCUGCAGUUAAAGCCCUGCUUGAAUCCAGUACUGCACUACAGAUGGAGAGUUUUCAGAACACUGAGGCGUACUUACUUGACCAUAGUGCAGAUAUAUUCAAAACACUGCAUUACCUUAGUGGCCUAAUGCACAGUAUUAGGAACCCUCUGGGAACACGGGACAACCCAGCACGGAUUUGUCGCGACCUGCUGAACUGUGAACACAAGUUACCAGAUGGAAAAUACUGGAUAGAUCCAAACUUGGGUUGUUCAUCUGAUGCUAUAGAAGUUGUCUGUAAUUUCACUGCUGGCGGCCAGACAUGUCUAAGUCCCAUUUCUGUGUCAAAGCUACACUAUGGUGUGGGAAAAGUGCAGAUGAACUUCCUCCAUUUACUUACUGCAGAAGCUAUCCAAACUGUUACCAUCCACUGUCUUAACAUCUCAGUCUGGGGAAGCAAAGAAGCAGCUCUUCAGAAAACAUGCCUUCAGUUCAGGGGAUGGAAUGGCCAGUUGUUUGAGGCAAACAAGCUACCUGAACCACAACUGUUACAGGAUGGAUGCAAGGUGCAAGAUGGCAACUGGCACAAGACACAAUUCCUUUUUCACACUCAGGAUAGCAAUCAUCUUCCAGUUGUUGAGAUUCAUCAGCUUCCUCAUCUCAGUUCAGGGCAACAAUACCAUUUAGAAGUUGGUCAUGUUUGCUUUCUUUGAUACACCAUCUUUGUUGGGACUCCUUCAAAAUACUGAAGCAGUGAUAGAGUUGACUGUUGGAAGAUAUCCUUAACAAAAAAUUAUCAUCCUCUUGUUGGAGAACCACUGAAGAAACUGUAAAACAUGGUAUUACAGGUCACUUAAGACUUCUCAGGAAGAACUCCGCAAAUCUUGAAAGGAGAACCAGCAUUGAAAGAAAACUAACAACUGAGUGGUGCUAAUUAUUAUUUAAUUAAACCUCUAUGAAUCAUUAUUCUUUUCCUGUAGCUUCUUGGAAUUAACUGAAAUAUGCCUGCAUUUGGAAUCUUUCAAGAUUCCUGAAGGUAUCUUGCCAUACAGCACUAUACAACAGGCCUUAAGAAAGCUGGAGAAACCCAGGGAGCAUUUGUUUUUAAUGUUCCCUAAUGUGCAAUAGCUGUUGUGUGAGUGUGUAAUAUACAUCAGUGCAUUAUUCCUAUGUACUAAACAGGUCUACAGUCUAGCAGGAUAUACGCAUCUUAACAGACGGCACUCUACCUCUUCCAAACAUGGCCUGUCUUCCACCGGUUCAUUCAAUAACAAGUGCAGUAGUGCUAGCAGUUUUUAAUAAUGAAAAUUUAUGAGAGAUUUUUUUAUUGUAUGUACUGGUUACAUCAAGAUAUAUUCUGUUGUAAAAGUACUAAUUUUAAAUAAUUUGGUCACUUAUUUCAUUACAUACAUUAUUUAUAUGAAUUGUUUCAUUGUUAAAAUACUUUGGUUUAUUUUUGUUAAAGUGUUACAGAGACAGCCAGACAUAUAUGGUGCUCAUAGACAAAAGUUAUUUGUUAUUGUAAGGAUUGUUGUAAAACAACGGCAUUAUUUGUUUUUUUGUCUUUUUUUUCUUUUGUUUUUGGUUUCUGGAUCAUAGCUUACUCUUUCUUUAUUGAUAUUAAACACUCUGUGACAUCGAAGUAGAUGUUGCAUGUGUAUGUUUUGUAACUUUUAUUCCCAUUUUAAUACAUUGUGUCCUUUGCAUUGCUGCCAGUAUGUUAUUUGUUCUUCUAUGUCCUUAUUAGCUAGUAGACAUAUUCCCAGAGUUAAUGAAUAUUCUGUUUACCUUGUGUUGAUAAAUUAAUUACUAAAGUAGGCUAUUGCCAUUUAAGUUAUAUGCUUUUGGAGACUUAUUCAGAGAGCAAUGAUGUGGCUGGAACACAGAUGAGUUGUCAUAUUUGUGCACACACACAGCACGAAUGCCCGUGCAUGCACACACACACACACACACACACACACAUGCACACACACACACUCUGAAUUUGAAGCCUUAAAGGCUUGUUAAAAGUUUUUGUAGCCAGAACAUUGGUGCUUUGAAGUCCUGUGUGCUGCUUUGAGAAGCACUAGUGAGCAUUUUGUUAAAUCCAUGGGGAUGAUGAAACUGCCUUAUUUCAACUCACUGGGGAUGAAACCCAAUAAAAAAAUAUGCUUUUUUUGCAGGUAAAUAAGCCCCAUACUGUCCUGUAUAGGGGACUUUACCCACAAAAUCCAUAACUUUCAUAUACUGGCUCUGUGAUCUUGUUAAAAGCUUCUGCAGCCAGAACAUUUGGAGCUUUGAAGUCCUGUGUGCUCCUUUGAGAAGCAGACACAAGUGCUCAUUUUGUUAAACCCAUGGGGUUAAUGAAACUGUCUGAUUUCAACUCAUUGGGAAUGAAACCCAAUUAAAAAAAAAAUAAAAGUAUGCAUUUUUUGCACGGGAACAAGCCCUAUGCUAUCCUAUAUAGGGGACUUUACCCACAACCCCCCCUUACUUACAUAUACUGGCUGUGUGAUCGCACAGUCAUGGGGAAAAACACCAGAGUGAAUCAAUUCUGAUAUCAUACUGGUAGUGAUUUUCUGCAGUAAGGUCUGCUUGCCAAGUUUCAAGUCAAUGAGUUAAAAUUAUGACGUGAAACAGGUCAUUGAGUGGUCAGUUUGGCUAGCCAGGCUUACAGUCAUUAUGUCAUUAUACCAAUAAGUGCAAAGGAUAAGGGCAGAGUAAACAUGAUUCUUGUAAUAUUUAUAACUGGUAGCAGCAUAAAAAAAUAGGAGCGCAAACUGAAUAUGUACUAAAAUACUCUGAGACAUAAUAAUUUAUAGCAAAAAAAAAUGUUGCAGAAUGACAGGUAAGGUGUUAAGGUGCAAACAAAGCAACAUGUAUUAUGAAAGAAGCCAUCACCGUUUGUUAAUACCAUGAGUGAAGUUGGCAUUUUUUAUUUGCUGCUACAUAUAGCUCAACUGUGCCACUACUCUGCCAAUUGCCUUUUUCUAGGUCAGUAGCUGUCUUCGCAGUACAGUUACAAAACUGUAGGUGAAUAUUUAAGUAUCCAAUAUUUCAGUAUUAAACAUGUUUACAAAAAUGCAUGCAUAAUAAAUCAAAGUUAAAAUAUUUUUUUAAAACAGCUUUUUAGUGCUGCGUUUUCAAAGUCUCAUCUGUUGGUAUGGUGUCUGGACACUGCAACACAAGUCAUGACAAAAAGAACCACCUGUCAACUUCAGAGACCAAAAUUACAGGCAUAAAAUAAAGAUGCCAAACUUAUAUUCAGUGCUACAAAUAUUUAUUAUAUGUAGACAUAUUGUGCACCAAUCAAUUUUCUGAUGAGCACAAGCAUUUUGCAUUUUCUAUUGUUUCAUCUGAGUAAAAUGAACCCUCCAAGACUUUAUUACCAAAUUGUCCUAAUUUAUAUUAUUAAUCCUGCAAAAUGCAUGCUGCUUAUUGAGUGUUUACAGUUUA